AAAUCCAAUGCCAAUGAAUGAGCGUGUUCCUCUCUAGCUCCGUAGCAUAUAUUUAAUUCUGCUAGAAAUGUCCAAAAAGACCAAUAUCCCCCUGUCCGACGAGGAGCUGGACUGGGUACAGUUGCGCCAAGACCUGGGUCCAAUAGCCGAGGUGGAGACUACGAAAGAAAAGUUGCAGCGCAAGAUAAAGGAGAAUCCUCUUGUACCCAUUGGGUGUCUGGCUACCUCAGCAGCAUUAACAGCUGGACUCUAUAACUUUCGCACUGGAAAUCGAAAGAUGUCCCAGCUAAUGAUGCGUACCCGAAUUGCGGCACAGGGAUUUACUGUCCUUGCUUUAAUUGUGGGCGUCGUGAUGACUUACUCGGAUAAGAAGUAACAAGAUUGACUCAUUUGAGAUAAUCGAAAUCAAACUUCUGUGUGUAUAUACGAAAAAAUUGUAAACAUUAAUUUUAAAGAGGAAAUUAAGGUUUAUAAAGUAAGUUCUUUCGAGUUUACAUGUGAUAUGGUUAAUGUUACAGGUAACCAAAUUAAUGUCUAAAAUAUUUAAUAAAAAUAAACAAACAAUAAACAAUAAAACAAUA